ACUUGCCCCAGACCUGCAUUUGAGCGGAGAGACACGGCCAGAGGCAGCACAGCAGAGGAACUGUACAACUAAAUAUAUAGUCUGAGAGAAAGAGAGAGACAGAGGGACAGAGAGAAAGAAAAAGAGAGAUUAGCUGUGUCUAGUCUUUUUCAGGGAAGCCAAACCAAAUGAAGCUGCUGGUCCAGCACUGAUUCCUACGGCUGUGUAUCUCUGUCACUGGAGUCAUGAGCUCAAAGGGGACGAACCUCCACAACAAACGACUUCCAUCGGAGACAGAGCAUGCACAGAGAGUCCCGGACACAGAAUCGAGCCAACAAAUGAAGCUGAGAGAGAGACAACGAUUCUUCGAGGAAGUGUUUCAACACGAUGUGGAUGUCUACCUUUCCUCUGCACACCUGCAGAUAGACUAUAAAAGACCGCCCUUAGGAAGCAUCUCAUCAAUGGAGGUGAACGUUGAUAUGCUGGAACAGAUGGACCUGAUGGACAUUUCUGAUCAGGAGGCCUUGGAUGUCUUCUUUAGUGCCAGUGGAGAGGAAGGGUCACUGACAUCCCCUCUACCAGAUUUUGGCCACACUGACAUGGAGGAAAAUGGAUUACAGAGAAAUGAUUUGCCCUUGAGAAUCCCUGACCCUCGUGAGAUCAAGUCACGUAUGUUAUCUACUUCAUCCAACUCAACCUGUGACAGUCAGCCCUCCAAUGAGGAUGGAUCAAACACUCCUGUUGUCCAAUCAGAUGAUGAAGACGUGCAUGAAGAUGAAAUGUUGCGAACAGUGUCCACAGCCAACCACAUUGCAACAGAGGAGUCUGUCCUCCCAUUAUAAACCUGCCUUUUUCUUUUUUUUUUUGGAGGUGUAACAUGACUGUUUCAGGGGUGGGUUGACUGGGUUAGCCAUAAAUCAAUAUACUAAAGACUUCAUGAACACUUGUGGAAUUCAAGGUUCUGAUUACGCCACACUGGGAGUGUCACGCUCUGAAAGACCUGCAUUAAUUUUGUACUGUCGCUUAUGUUUAAACAUUUUAUUACCACAGGUACCUCCAGGUAUUGUAACACCACCUACACACUGCCAACAUUUUUCAGUUCUCUUUACAAAGGAUGUUUCUUUUCUGUAGAAAAACAAAAUACAUCACUGUUUUGAAUUAAAGGGGUAGUUUAUCUAAGACAAAUGAACAUUUGGUCACUAUUUACUCACAUGUUUCCAACACCUUAUGAGUUGUUGAACACAAAAUAAGAUAUUUUGAAGAAAGCUGAAAGCCAUCUUUCAUGGUAGGAAAAACAAAUAACAUGGAAGUCAAUGGUUACAUGUUUCCAGCUUUUUUCAAAAUAUCUUUUUUAGUGUAUGACAGAGGAAAGACACUCAUAAAGGGGAACUUUUUAGCUGAACUAUCCCUUUAAAUCAGUUCAGGUAAGCGUGUGAGUUUCACUUCUAAUUGAAAAAUGAAACUAAACAUAAAACAAUUUUUUAAGAAGCUUCUUGUUUACACCAUCAAAAAUGACAAUAGCUCACCCUCAUGUCAUUCUAAAUGCUUUUUUUUCUGUCUUCCAUUGGAAAUUCACACAACCCAAAACAUUUAAUAUAAUUUAACGAUCUUAAAUGCAAGUAAUCUGCAUUAGGGCUGUGCGAUUUAGGCAAAAUAUGAAGAGUUCAGAUGCAAAACCCUCUAAUUCCAUCAGACCUCUUUUCUUGUAAAUGAGAAGGCUCCUCUGGUUCAGAAGUUUCAUUUUAUGUGUAAUGAUAAGGUUAUUAGCUAGUCAAUAAAAUACCUUUUUUUCAUAAAUGUCACUUUAGACAAUUCUCUGUUUAUUAACAAGGUAAAUUUUAUGCAAAACCCUCUAAAUCCACAUAUUGAGACAAGACAGUGUAAUUAGUUGAAAAAUCACUAAAAAUGAAAUUAGAGAUUAUUUUAUCAAACAUAAAACACAUUACACAGACCACCUGAAAUUAAAAAUACAUCUGUCAAGUAAGUGGCGGUUCAUUCCACUGUGGUGACCCCUGAUAAACCGGGGACUAAGCAGAAGGAAAAUGAAUGAAUGAAAUCUGUCAAGUGCAUUGAUCAAUAACAUUAAAAUCGACAUUGAUUAAAUCUUAACAA